UUAUGACCUUUUAGCAAUAAAGUGCAUUAAGUUAUUUAUGCUCGUGAAUGUGUGUGACCACGUUGAUAAUUUUGUGUAUUUGCCGUGUGAAUUUUUGUAUAAAGAGACGUAUGAGAUUACAGUUUAACAUAUUUAUUAAAAUUAUUAAUAAUAUGAUAUGAAUGCACCGUGAAAGCGGAGUCAAGUGCUGUAACUUGUAAACGAAGGUCUUUACAAUCAGUACUACUAUGAGGUUAACCCUUUAAAAAGUGUGACAUGUUCAGAUUGCAGAUAUUAUUAUUACCAACUAAUUUAAGUACGAAGUUUUUAAAUAAUUAAUUGGCAUAAGCAGUGCGGCUCAUUAACAACAGAUGAACCUCAUGGUUGUUGUAGAAAGAAAACCAGUGAACAAAUCAAAAUGGUUAUGACAUUACAUCAGUUUUGUCAAAUAGGAUGGAGAGAAAUAUGUAAAAAAGUUAAAAAAGCAGUUGUGUACAUUGAUAAUGAAGGUGCAGAAUGUUUGCAUUGGAAUGGGGGACUAAUGCAAAUGAUAACAGCUGGUGCUUUAACUGUAAAGCAAUUUUCAACUUUUGAGAAUGAUAAAGAAGAGCACAGAAAAGCAGUUUUCAUUUUAUGUUCUCCUGUCUGUGGCUCCACAAAAGUUAUCAUGGAGGAUAUAAUACGAAACAGCAACUUUGAGUACUGUGUACUCAUUACGUCUGCUCAUGCAAGAGUUCACCAGUUUGCCAAGUAUGGUGGCCACCGGGAAGGAAUUGAUGAUAUGCAUUACUUCCAUAAACUUGAAGAGGAGAUGCUUGAAUGGAUGGGGAACUUGAAUUAUACUGUAGAGGUGCUGUAUUCACCGCUGUUUGUAGUGCCUCUGACUGAGGUGCUGUUUGUCACCCCAACAUUCAGAAAUUUAUUUCCUAUCACUGAAGCACAUAUUCAGUGUAUCAAGGAACUACAACUUCUUCAGCACAAGGUGGUUGAUAGCCAGUCAUUGGAUUCUUUGUCCUCUGUUAAACUGACACAUCUUCCGUUGGAGGUACAGAUAUCUGUACAUCAUCUUGUGAGUUGCCUGCACAGUUUGUUUGUGCAACUUGAGGUUUGUGAAGACAUAUAUAGCCUUGGGCACCUAAGUGGGAUUGUUGGAAGCCAACUGGAAAUUCUCCCUGAUGCAAAUAACAGACGGAAAACAGCUCCUAAUCAUUGUUCACUAAUUCUGAUUGACCGUACAUUGGAUCUGGCAAGUGUAACAAGUCACAAUACAGACUCACUGUUAGAUAGGAUUCUAGCAGUGUUGCCACGGUUACCUGGACACACCAAUGAUGUUGCAGUCAAAAUGUCACCUAUUUGUGAUACCAAAGUAUCAUCAGCUUUAGGAAACAUUGUUUUGGCACCUGGAUGUCUUGCACACCCAAAUUGUGAUCUCUGUCCACAGAAAGUGCCUUCAAUGAUGCAGGUACUGGAGUGGCUUGUGAACAAGAAGCAGAAGGAUGUUUUGUUGAGUCUUCAUCACCAUAUAACUGCAUUGGUACCAGGAGGAGGAGGUCGAGUUGGAAAAUUUACACAUGUUACACCACACACAAUUGAGAAGCAAAUAGCCUUGUUUAAGGGGCACACGGAAAUUAUGUACCAGUGCAGUGGUCUCCUACAGCAAACUUUGGCUGUAACACAGACGCUGCGAUCUCCUCGUUCAUCUCAAUUGGAUACCAUAGUUAGCAUUGAAAAAUUGCUGCUACAGAAUCUGGGUUCCAUGAAAGAUGGGGUUGGAGUACUAGCUCAGGUGACACAGCUUGUAAAGACUCGUCAUGAACGAGGGCUGUUACUGCCAGACAUCCUUGGCCUCUUGGUUCAUCUCUUUUCCUUGGCAGGUACUGACAUCCUGUUCCCAGCACUUGAGCAGAGCCACCUGUUGGUUGCUCUGAAACAGGCUUUAUAUGAAGAUCGAGAAGAAUUACAAGGAAACCUUUCUAAACUCGUUGAUUCAAAAGUAGAUGAUGAAUUUGCAGAAAUAGCAGGAAAUGUUUUGAGUAAACUUCAUUAUAUAGCAUCAGUGAGAAAGGAUCUGGUGCGAUACAGAACACUUCUGUCCCUUGCCAGUCCAACACAGCCAGCUGUGUAUCGUGGUUUACUUCAUCAACUCAUAGCUGACAUUCUGGACCCUGCUUGUCCAGAUCUAGCUGAUCUGACAUGUAAAUCCACAGGGUUGAAAGGCCUUUUGAAAAGUGGAUUCAGUUUGCUACUCAAGAAACAGAGGGAGCAGCAUCCAUUGGACAAUCCACAGUUGAUUGUGUUCAUCGUGGGUGGCAUUGCUGCACAUGAAGUCAAAUUAAUUCAAGAAAUGGUGAUCAGCUCUGGACGACAAACACAGGUUCUAGUUGGUGGCACUCGUCUUCUUUCACCAAACGAUGCUGUGGAAGCCAUCUUUAUUAAAGAUCCAUUUAUGCAGCAAGUUUUGUGAGAGUGGUAGUUAGUAAAUAUCAUUAUAUUGUUACUUUGGAGAGACAAAAAUAUGAAUAUUUUUCAGAAUGUGAAGUUACAUUGUUCUUAAUGCGAGAACUUGAGCUAUAUAUUGAUAAUAAGAAAGUUAAUUGCAUUACUUUGUGUUCUCUAAAUCGAGACAUUAGUGGACUUGUUUGGAAGAUCUUGCUAAAUUAAUUGCCUGGUGUAAAUUUUAGAAUAUUAAUUUUUUCAAUGUAUAAAUACAUUGCCAUUCCAUGAAAAAUAGUUGUGAAACCUCUUCAUCAUGGAUGUAAAAAAAAAUUGUGAAAUUCAGGAUGGUCAAAUAUUCUCAUGUAAUUUAGAUUUCUACCGUCACAAGGAAAAUAUUUCGGAAGGUCUGCAGUUGUUUCCUGUAUCUAACAUGAUACAUGGUCUGUAUCUAGCCUAUGUAAUGGCAACAUAAUUUACGCGUGUUAUAUUCACAAACUAAGUUUCUGUAAACCUCUUUGGAGUUUUCAUUGACAUAUUGUGAGCAGGGAAUAGCUUCAGAGCAGAACUUCCAGAGUGGUGUGGCAAAAGGAGAAUGGCUUAGAAGCAUUUGGAUUGCUAAGUAAUAUUAACAGCACCAAGUAGUGUGACAAUGUAGCAGCUGUGGUGACAAAGAAGUGUGAGGUGGAUUUAUGGAGUCUGUUAAAUUUUAAUGUUCUGCAUCACAGCAUAUGUAUUUGGUGCAAGCACUUCACCCAUAUUUGCCUUUUAUACUGCACUGAGCCACUGUAAUUGGGCACAUCCAGUUUGAUAGUUCCAGGUUGUACACAUGCCAAUACAUCUUGUGUGAAAUGCUGUCUCUAUUAGAAGAUGGCUGUCUUCUGACUCACUGCCUUGAGAACCUCAAAUUCUACUUUGUUUAUUAAUAUCAAUUUUUGGGCUUAUUUUUAAUAAAAUUAAAACUUCAUUGAUUGUUAUUUGAUGUUUCUUUUAGUUACACUUACAUAAAUCUCAAAACAUAUAUUUCUGAGAAUAAAAGAUCAUAUUUAAAAACAGGCUUCCAAAAUGAAAAGUAUUCUAAUAUUGGAGAUCAUGCAGUUUUAAUAAAUUGGUCAGUGUCCAUCACCCUGAUAACUUCUCCCAUAGUGCAUGCUCAAGUUUUACAUGUAUGAGAUGGCCUCCAGAUAUGAAGGGUAACUGCAAAUACUACUGAAUAAGCAGUCAUGUACAGCCAAGCAGUGGUCCACUAGCUUGGAGGUUGGAGCAUCUUACAAAAUGUUACACAGGGUGUCAUACAUGGACAGAUUCUUGAGAAUACAGUAUUGAAACUUUAUUCCCUAAAAGAGGAGGUUUCUUGAUUGGCUGAGUGAUAAUAGCUUGUCAGAAAAGACAUAUGUAGAGUUGCUGGUUAAUCUUUAUUAUACAGAAAUGAGGAAUCUAAAAUAUCAUACUAGAGAGCUACCAGCUAAACUAAAAUCCAAGAUUAACAGUUUCUGAGAAGGCUUAUGCGAUUCAGAAUUGAUGAAGGUUAAUUCUGUGGUAAAAUAUGAUAAUGAAAUAUGGGUGUCAUCUGACAAGAAAGAAAAGAGAGGGAAAAGGGAAAAAUGAGAAGUUUUUACCUGAAUAUAUAUAAAAAGAAAUAUUGACAACUGGAAUAAACUUAAGAUUAAUAAUACAGUCAAAGACAAUACUGCAUAUGUA